GAUUGUUUCAUGUUUAAUAGUACAUGUGGACUUUUAUCCCUCGCGAGAUAUCUCCAUGAUAGCUUGUAUGGAUUAUUCUCCGUAGGAUUGAGCAGCUUACAUGAUAGAAGGCAUUCUGCGCACAAUAGAUCCCGAUUGAGAACCGCAAUUAAGAUUCCCAUCGUUGAAAAAGAAAAACACAAUUGAGAUUUUGCUCCGGAUGUCUGUGCGAAAUCUUGUCAUUCUUGUAUCAUCGUCUCCCGUCCCGCUUAGUGUCUCUCUCAAACACCCAUUGUUGCCGAAUGUCCCUCAACCCCGCAACAGCCUUUCCAUAUUUCCAGACAUCAUCGUCAUUUACGUUUUGCGUAAAUACCCCUUUGAGGGAAGGACCUUAUAGCCAUGGCCUAUGCAUUAACUUUCCUUUCUCAACAUUGAUAAAUCUCUUCGAUUGAUGAAACCUGGACUUCUGAAAGCCGAGAUGUAUGCCAAGAAUGAAGAUUGCAACAAGAGAAAAGAAACUUUCAAGCUUUGUAGAUGGAGUGGACAAUGCGCGUGCCGCGGAAGGGAAGGAGAACGGAGAAAGGUGACAUACUCGGGAACCAUAUCGUUGUCCGGAAAUCAUAUAACGUCUUCUAAUCUCCCAUUCAAAGGUCAUUAUCCUGACAUAUAAUACAAGUAAUACAUCGACAUAAACAAAAUGACUAUGAGAAGUCCGCUAACAAACGAUCAUCCCCAACCAUUACGAGCAAGUCCUCUGUCAGAACAUGAUGACGAAAUUCAAAUCCGUCUUGAUGACAGUCGAUAUCGUAGUUUUCCACCACCAAGAAGAGUGGUGCAACGAAACACUCCUGCGCCAAUCCAAUUACAAGAUUUCGAAUUUCCUAAGCAAUCACACGAUAUCCCGGGGCAUUACCCAAUGAUUGAUGAAAUAUAUCCUGACGUACAUCCAUACAGAACAAGUGAAGAUGGAUUUGUCAGUUUAACGAAUGGAGAUAACAUGGCACAGAAUAAGAGAGCCAGUAGAAGCCGACCAUGGAUGCAGAAUUUGCAGACACAGGAUAGAAUACAAAGAUACAAAAAAAGAAGGCCAGCAACAAAAUGGAUGAAAUGGAUGAAUAGUGAUUGGAAGAAUCAUAUUGUUGCUGUGAUUGGCGAGUUGAUUGGAACGUCACUUUUUCUUUUCUUUGGCUACGCGGGUAUUGAAGUUGCAAAACUUCAAGGGCGUGAACCACCAGAUCUUGAAGUCUUAUUCUAUAUAUCCGCAACUUUCGGAGCCAGUCUUAUGGUUACUGCAUGGAUAUUUUUUCGUAUCAGUGGAGGGUUGUUUAAUCCAGCCGUAACUUUAGCACUUGCCAUACUCAAAGCAGUGUCACCAAUUCGUGCUUUUCUUCUUGUCAUCACACAACUUGGCGCUUCGUGUUUAGCUGCUAUUCUCGUGCAAGAAAUAUUUCCAAAGCAGCUUGAUGUUGCCACCACACUUGGGAGCGGCACUUCCAUGGGUCAAGGAUUCGUCAUCGAAGCUAUCACUACAGCAGCUUUAAUCUUUACUAUUAUAAUGUUAGCUGUUGAAAAACACAAAGCUACAUUUGUUGCUCCCAUCGGAAUUGGCCUUGCCCUUUUUGUUGCGCACAUGGUAGCUGUUCCAUUCACUGGAGCAUCUCUAAAUCCAGCUCGUAGUUUUGGUCCAUCGGCCAUUGUAUGGAACUUUCCUCGAGAACAUUGGAUUUACUGGGUUGGACCAAUUUUAGGCGCAGGGUUGGCAGUGCUUUUUUUCAGAUUGAUCAAGCUGAUGGAAUACGAAAUGGCGAAUCCUGGACAGGAUGGAGAUCCAGAAAACGAUCCAACACAGAAUCCUGAACUUGAUGUUGCACAAAACGCUCAUGAAAGAGAGGAAGAAGUCCUUGGUCUCAGUAAUGGAAAGUCUUGGUAUAGAGAUGACUCUAGCAGUGGAUCAAUGAGGAGGAAAGAAUCGGUCAACAGUUUUACCGGAGGUAGAAGAUCCAUGGAUCGAAGGGGGGACAUAUUUAGAAGAUUAGAUGAUGUGGAAGCUCAAUGGCGAAGGCAACAAUACAGGAAUGUUGUAUGAAUGAUUUAUUUGCAGAUGUAUUGAUCCAUUUUGCAAUAGAGGUAGAACAAUAAGACUGGGCACUCGCCCCCUCGCAACCAGGUUUCGCUUAGAUAGAUAGUAGAUAUUUGACUGACACCAAACGUCGAUAUCAAUGUAAACAACUAUGAGUGUUGACUUCUCUCGAAGAGCUCAUGAUGUCCUGCGUGAGAUAGCCAUGAUAGUCGUAUGAAACCCGAUGCAUACACA